AUGGCUGAGCUACAUGUCGUGGAAUCGGGCGGAACUAGCACCGUGGAGCAACCGGAGCACCGCGGAUCCAUCCGCCUGGCGUCGCCCACCCUCGCGGUCCCUCCGCGGGGCAGCGGCCAGCUCAGCCCGGGGGGGGGGGGCACCACCAGUCCCGGUGGUGGGGGGGGGACCAGUGGUGGGGGGAGGGCGGUGUUCGGCUUCCCCCUGAAGAGCAACCCCAGCUCCCCGUCGGAACCCGCGGAGAAACCGGGCCCCCGCUGGGUCCGCCUCAACGUCGGCGGGACCUACUUCGUCACCACCAAACAGACGCUAUGCAGGGACCCCAAAUCCUUCCUGUUCCGACUGUGUCAGGAGGACCCGGACCUGGACUCCGACAAGGACGAGACGGGGGCCUACCUCAUCGACAGGGACCCCACGUACUUCGGCCCCAUCCUGAAUUACCUCCGACACGGCAAACUGAUCAUGGACAAGAACCUGGCAGAGGAAGGUGUUCUGGAGGAAGCCGAGUUUUACAACAUCGCCUCUCUGGUGAGGCUGGUCAAGGAGAGGAUACGGGACAACGAGAACCGGACCUCUCAGGGCCCCGUGAAACACGUGUACCGGGUGCUGCAGUGCCAGGAGGAGGAGCUCACACAGAUGGUCUCCACCAUGUCGGACGGCUGGAAGUUUGAGCAGCUCAUCAGCAUCGGCUCCUCUUAUAACUACGGCAACGAGGACCAGGCCGAGUUUCUGUGUGUGGUUUCGCGGGAGCUGAACAACUCCACCAACGGCAUCGUCAUCGAGCCCACCGAGAAGGCCAAGAUCCUGCAGGAACGAGGCUCUCGGAUGUGAGGAGGCCCCCGACCUGCCGCCCAGCACAAGCACAUCCUCCACUUUUCUGCAGCCACCUCCGACCACCACCAGGGGGCGCCCCUCUCCUCUGGUGUGCCUUUCCACAGCUCCUCUUCCUCCUCUUCGCUCCUCUUCGCUCCUCUCCACCCUUUCAAAGUGGCGGCGAGUGAGUUUUUCUUUCCCACAUUGCAGCUCUCUGACAGCCGAUUGGACGGCGGGCGCCAUUUGGCCCCCCCCACCCCCCCCGGCGCCAUUUUCGGACCCGAAUCCUGCUCUCUCGGUUUAGCAAAACCCUCCUCAGGACUCUCCGUGGACAUAGAGGAAUU